AUGAUUCUCGAUUAUUUGAAGUUGGAGGAAAUCGUUGCACGAGCAUUCUUGCCCUUUGGUUCGACUGACGCUCCGCUGUUGAUCAAUAAGUCCAUCAUCGAGAUUGCAAAGAAGCGUGGUCUUAAGAGCACUUCUAGGUUACGUGUUGACAUCGAUUUCGACGACUGGCUCAGUCAUCCAAGCAAUGCAUAG